AUGUGGGUUGGCAAACCAAGCGAAGAAGAAGUAGAGGAAGAGGACUAUGGAGAUAAAAAUGAAGCUGAAGAAGAUGAUGAAGAUGGAGACAAGGGCGAAGAUGAAGCUAAAGAUGCAUAUGAAGCUGGGGAUGAAGAUGGGGAUGAGGAUGAGGAUGACGAUGGACAUGAAACUGCAGCUGGAGCUGGAUCUAAAGAAGAUGAAGAUGAAGGCUCCAAUAGUAAGGAAGAAAGUGAUGAAAGACAAGAUGGUAAGAAGAGGAGGAGAACAGAUGAAAGCCCAAUGGUUCGGAGGUCUGAGAGGAAAAAGGUUGAGGUAAAUUGGUCACCUUUUUUGAAAGAACCAAUACAAGGGAGAAUUACAAAAGAACAACAAAUAUAUGAAUAUUGCACUAGGCGGACCAAUCAAGCAGAGGGUGAAGAUAGGUGUGUCGUUGAGAUGUACGAUUACUACUUAACUAGGGCCGAAUGCCAAAGUCUUGGUCCUAAAAAAUGGAUAAGUACAGUGGUCAUGAGCAUGGUCGCAAAAGUGAUGGUUGGUGAGCAACUUCGUGAAGGGAAGGUACGGAGGUACAUAUUUGAUUCAGAAUUUAUGGCCACCCUAAGGGAUAAAAAGUUAAGAUGGUCUGUCUUUGAGGAUGCAAAGAUGCUCAUGCCCGAUCAACUUGGACAUAACCUUGGAAAUUGUGAUUACCUCUUCUUGCCCAUGCUUGUGUUCAAUCACUGGUUUUGUUAUUGUGUUGAUUUGAAAAAUGACAAAUUUUUCAUCCUUGAUUCAUUAGCUGGGAAGUUAUUUAAAGAGAAGAAGAUGAUGGCCGGAUUUAUGAGAACUAGCAUAAUUGAGUUGUUACAAGCAUGUGACCCGAAGAAAUAUGGAGAGGAUUUUCAGAUGGAGAUGAUAUUUGAAGAACUUCCCAAACAGAGUAAUGUAGAUGAUUGUGGGGUAUAUGUCAUAAAGUACUGUACAGAAUGGGAUGGUAGAAGAAGAAAAGGAGGACUGACCAUGGAGGACUUUUCAAACGAACAACUGAGACAGUUUAGGGUGAAUGUGGUGUGGUGGCUGGUAAAUCACAUGAGAAAUGAAGUAAGAAAUAAAGUAUUUGCCUCUGUCUCAGCAGCUAAUCGACCAAAGAGGGCAGGAAAGAAGUGUAGAUGA